AAGAAGAGCGGCGAAAGCUUCUGUGGGAUGGAAGAAGCCAUGGAUUCCUCUGGUCCAGGUGUUACUGAGGUUCAUGGGAUACUGCUGGCCAUGCAGAAGAACUUGGAAUGCCCAAUAUGCCUAGAGGUGAUGAAAGAACCGGUCUCAACACAAUGCGCUCAUGUCUUCUGCAGGUUUUGCAUAUUGAAGCUUCUUGAGCAAAAGAAAGGUAUCCGCAGAACAAAGUGUCCGCUCUGCAAUGCCAACAUAACUCGAAGAACUUUACGGGAAGAUGUCCGAUUCAAGCUAGUAAUCAAAGGGAUAUGGGAAGCCAUUGGUGCUUUAGAAUGUGAUACAGGAUUCAAUUUACUGCAGGAAAAGCAGAUCAUCAUUGAAAGUAAAGGCUACAGGGACAGACAGAAUGGAGCAAAGAACGGAGAAAAGAGAAACCGAGCCUUGCAGGGCAAAAGCUCCAAUUUGUCACUUCCCAAUAGAACUGUCACAAGGUGCUCCCUGAGAAAGAAAAGCAACGCCAAUAAAACUGUCUGCUUUGAAAUUGGGUCAGACUCAUCUGAAGAUCCUUUUCAGAAGACUGGCACAAUCAGGUGCAUGGGUCUGAGAAGCAGCUCUCGGUCUAAAGAUAGUGAAAGGCAUGCUGAGAAGCGAAGCCGAAGCCCGUGUCACAUGGAGCUCCAGGAGCCAAGUGCGGAAGAUGUGGUGCUGUUGGGCACCCCAGGUACAUGUGGUUUGUCAGAGGCAAGAGCGGGAAGCACAGAAGGCCUUCAAACGAGCACAGGAAAUGUGGAUGAUGUUGAGGAGAAUGCGGCUUUGGAGAAGAGGCAGAAUUUGUCUUUUCCAGUUCCCUGCAUGCGGAGACGUAGCAGGCGGCUGGUCUCCAGUUCCACUCAGGAGGGUGGCUGUUCCUCUCUACUUGGCAUGGAGCAAUACCAGUUGGCCGGUGAAGCCACAAAUUCUGCCGCAAAUAAGCAAGCAGGUAUUAAGGCAGAAACAGUUAGCAUCGUGCAGCCUGCUGGAAGUACGCAAAUCUGCAACCUCGUGUGUGAAGAUCAACAAGAGCUGACACAGCCCCAGGCUUCCCCCAACAGUCCUUUGAGUCAGGUCUCUGGGAAGAAACUGAAGCAGAGCAUCCAGAAAGUCAAUGAGUGGUUUUCAAAAACCAAGAUCCUCUCUCCCACCACUUUGCAGGAUUCUCACACUGAGGAAGGGGAUCCAGAUCUGAGCCCAUGCUUGUCAGAUGCGGACUCUCAUGUCUCCCAAAAGACUGAACUGAGGGAAGACCAGUGGGAGGUCACAGCAGAGUGUGAUGUUGGCAGGGCUCUGCCCAAACCUGUUGCUUCCAAAAUGGUAGUAGAUAAAAUAUUUGGGAGAACAUACAAGAGGGCACGCAAGUGCAACCCCAUUUACAAUCCGAGGGAUAUAAUUCAUAUCCCAGCAGAAGAACUCUGCAGUGCUAUGAACACUAAAUCCUGUGACACCACCAUAAGGAAAAUCUCAGCCCUGCCAAAGGCCACAUUGGAGCAGUCAUCUGAGGACAUUAUGAAAAAGCAAACUGUGCCAGAGGACAGCGAGGGGCCCGUUGAUGAUGUAAAUGCUGUUUUGGAAGAAGAUGGCCACGAUCUUACUGUGGUGGGUGAAACUCCUGGGGCUGAGCUAAGGGCAGCAGAACUCCCUGUUAGGGAAAGGGCAUCCAGUUGUGCAUCAGAUGCCUCUCCUAUUAGCUGCCACUCGUGCAGCUUGCAAAAUCUGAAGACGGCAAGGGACUCUUUGAGCAAUAUAAGCCGGCGACCAGUCAGGCAAGUCUGUGCACUGCAGUUAGCAAUGUGUGGAAGCUCUGGGUCACCUGACAAGACCCAGGCACAGGCACACAGCAACCCAAGCAGUGAGCGGCCGAGGGAAGCCCGCACAGAAGAGAUGCACAUCAGGCGCAGCAAAAGGCUUAUGUCGCGGGUAGGAGGAGAGCAGAGGAGGAGUGAGCCAGCAGAGAAACGAAGGAAGCAGUUGGAGGAGGGAGAAAAGAAGCAAAAGGAGUCCCAGGCAGAAAACGCAUCCCCUUCACUAGCAGCGGAUGGCCCCAGUGUGUUGCAGGGUAGGCAGGCAGGCCUGGCAGGUGAUGCAAGUAAGGCGUGUGCCUUUUCUGAUGAGAAGGGUUCUCCGAGUGUUGAACACCCUACAGAGAGCUACAAUCCUCGUCCCAUUGUCCCUGACUCUGGCUCCCAAGCCAGUUGCUCGCUGCUGCAGUAUCAUCUUGCAGAGUUCGAACAAACUGAUCUUAGGGGCAAAGAGUGCACAGUAGCACCUCAAGCCGAACAGAGUGCCUUGUGUGCCCAGGCCCCAGAGGGGAAUGAAUUUUGCUUGGGGGAUGUGAAGGAAAGCUGCACGACUCCCAGAGCAAUAGAGAAUUGCGAGUUAAAUCCAGGAACUGAGGACAGUGAACUGGAUACAGGUUUCAUGUGGAAGAUACUCCACCGCUGCAAGCGCCAGUCAUUCUUGUUGUAUCCAGCUCCAGUAAAGAAAUCUGUUGCAGGAACCCAGAUGGAUCUCAGCGUUGACCAGGUGGAAGGCAGCGAGGCCGUCCGUGUGAAGAAAUCAAAUCCAGGCAUAGACAGAGUGAGUGAGGAGACAGGAGAAGCAGUCACUGGCAGGGUGGCCAACGGCCACCCUGGCCUGAGUCUGAUAUCUCAUCCGUCCCCUUCUUCUGAGCAUAAGAGUGGGUCUGGCCAUCUCCAAGUUGCUUCACAAGCUCUCUUCCCAGAUAGCUCAUGCAUGCCAGUAGCUGCUAAUGAGGCCAAGAGUGGAAAUCCACUGUGGAGACAAAAGCCCAGAAAUGACAAGAAAGAGUCCUUAGAAAUGGAGAAAACAACAAAUACAAACAGCUGUAGCUGCAGAAGCUCAGGUCCCUGGAGAAGUGGCAACUUCCUAGGCACAAGUUUACAUCCCACUGAUGAGACCAGAUCCAAGGCAGCCCAUUGUUUAGAAAUGAGACCAAAUAGUAUCGAUAACAAAGCUUUGACCUGCAUCUCCUGUCCAGAACUGUCACUUCCUGUUGCUUGUCAGCGCUGCCCUUCUGAAUCCAGCAGUGGCAGCGUAGAAAAGAAAAGCAGAGUUGGGGAACAAAGACGACUAAAGGGCACUGGGGAACAAACUGUCCAGAUGCUCAGCACAGGUGUUUCCGGAGGGCAUUUGGACCAAUCUCCCAAGGACGAGACUCCUGACUUCCCGUUGUUAUCAGAUACACCCGAGGGCUUGCUGGGCCCUGCCACCAAAAGCAAAGGGUGCUCGCUUAAUGGGGAAAGGGACCAACAGGAAACCUUGGCCAUGUUUGCUGAAACUGACCAGGUCUCUCCCCAUGAGAGGGAUCUAGAAUGCAGCAGCAGCAGUUCAGGAUCAAGGCCUGAAGGCCUGGUUCAGGCACGCCGAAGACGGGUGCAGAAGCUGUCUUCCUCCUCAGAAGAAAAUUCCAGUGAAGAUGAGGAGUUGCCGUGCUUUCAAGCGCUGGUAUUUGGUCGGUCGGCAAGCACACCAUCGCAGGCAGUGAAAGAGGAGGAGGAGGCAUCAGCAGACAUUCUAGCCCAGAAGAGCAGCAGGCAAAGCGGCCCCAGAUCCCGGAGUGAGGGUGGCUCUCCAAGCCAGGAGUCGGAGUGUUCUGUGAACUUGUUUUCCUCUCAGUCAUGUGACUCUGUGGAAUCCACCGGAAAGUCUUGUGAUGCAAGACCCUUAACACCAGUUCCCACUUCCCAAGGAAAGGUGGUGACUUCCAGAACAGUCGCUGAACCCCUGGGCGAAAUCUCCAGAGAUGCUGGGCAACUGAGAGACGGACAUCAAGACGGCAUAAAUGCAGCACCCAAUUUAGGUGAAGCUUUGGGUUAUGACAGUGAAGCUAGCCACCUGGGGGAUUCAUCAGGCUUCUCCUCACAGAGUGAGAUCCUCACCACACAGCAAAAAGACAUUAUGCAGAACAACUUAAAGAAGCUCCAGGAAGAGAUGGCUGUGCUUGAGGCAGCCCUGAAGGAGGGAGGCCAGGAUGCUGCUGCAGAAGGGUCGCCAUUGCCAAGUGAGGAAAGGGGAUUAGCAAGUUCUGAAAAUCAGAAAACAAGCCCCUGGGAUUGUGCCUCAUCUGAUGGAUUGCCAGUGACACCAGAAAGUCCUGUCCACACCAAAAGUCCAGAUCCAGCGGUUCAACAAGGUCAUGAACCAGGAAGUGCAAGUAAUUUGAGACGUGGAAGCAAGCAAAGCCUCUUCAGUGCCUCCUCCCCUGCUGGAAACACGCACAGGACUCCGGAUGAUAACUCCACAUCUUCCUCAACAUCUCAAGAACAUGUUGCACGUUGUCUGGCAACCAAGCCAGAAAGGGAAUCUCCUAUUGCUAUUCAGGACAAAUCAAGCCCUCCAGAACACGAGUCCCAGGGGAGGCCAGUCUCUUCCUUCGAUGCAGCCACAGUUUGUAGUGGUAGAAAGAGGAAGCCUAAGAGUCUGCUUUUGACAAGUAAGAGGAGUAUGUCUCUGGUGGCAUCGGGUCUAUUCCCGGAUGAGCUGCGACUGGUUCAGAAGUUUGCCAGGAAAACCAGGAGCACUUGGUCUGCUACCAUUUCUGAUGACACAACCCAUGUUGUAAUGAAAACUGAUGAAGAUCUGGUUUGUGAGCGGACCCUGAAGUAUUUCCUUGGCAUUGCGGCACGGAAAUGGGUGGUGAGCUACCAGUGGAUUCUACAGUCACUGAAAGAAGGAAGGGUCCUUAAUGAAGGGGACUUUGAAGUAAGAGGAGACAUAAUCAGUGGGAGAAAUCAUCAAGGGCCCAAAAAAGCAAGGGAAUCUUCUGCUGGAAAGCUUUUCCAAGGCUUGGAAAUUUGCUGCUAUGGGCCCUUCACAGACAUGCAAAAAGAACAACUAGAAUGGAUGGUCGAAUUGUGUGGCGCCUCCCUUGUGAAGCAACCUCACUUAUUCUCACGCUCAACAAACUCUGUGGAUGCUGUUGUGGUCAUUCAGCCUGAUGCUUGGUUGGAAGACACUGGCUGCCCAGGAAUCCCACCCCCCUGCCGUGCUACUGUAGUGGCCCGUGAGUGGGUGCUGGACAGCGUUUCAUGCUACCAGUGCCUGGCAUUUAACGAAUACCUUGUGCAGCAGGUGUGAUGCGCUGGAGACGCUUGCGGACGCAGAAUCGUCAGGGUGGAAUUUUGAAAGGCUUCUUCACAGAAAGUGUGGUUUUACUUGCAGGAUAAACAUUCCUGUUGGCGUCAAAAUGGAUUCUCUCUUGCCAAAGGCAGAAGAACUGACACGGUAAAAUAAGCCCGCACCUUUUCCAGCAUAUCCCAUGAAAAUGAGCCAAGAAUCUCGCGUAUUCCUCUGUAGGAUGCAGACGUUUUAUUUACCAGCCAGUUGCAGCCUUGUUGAGCAGGAGGGGCUCUCGUCUGUCUUCACAGCGUCUUAGAGGCAUAACCAUUGGCAAGAGUAUUCGGGGAUCCCAUUAACUCUAGAAGAUAACAGCAGAUUAUCUGACUGUCUCAUAGGAGGGAUGUUCACAUUCUGACACACAGAAAGAUGCUCUUGUGCUGUGUCGUGGGCGUGCAGUCUUUUCCCAUCAGAAGUGGUGCCACACUGGUGAGGGUGGAAGAAGGACCCCUAGAUGACGUGGAAAAGAAUCCUAAGGUUGGAUCCAUAGGUUCUACUCCACUCAUGGUGGCACCUUCCUCCGGGACAAGGAUACGGUUCCAAUGGCAGCUGUGGAAAGCUCCUUGCCUAGUUGAAGGCUCCAUAUUAGUGGAACAGAACCGUGUGAUCCAGCCAGCCCUUUGCAUGAUAAUGAGGUGUUGACCAAGUCACAAUUUUCAGACUGCAAAGGAACCAUCCAGAAGUGCAUUCUUUAAAUGAAUUUAGUGAACCGCUUUUAAUCAUUACUUGAAUGACCUUAAUGAACAUUUGUGAUGUCUCCAUACUUAGUAUGUAUCACUGGAUAAACACUGAAAAUCCUUGCUGGCCCUGCUACUGUAUAAGUCAGGGGAGUGCCUUUGAGACAGCACAAUAUUUAUUGCUUUUUCGUGUUGCCAAGCAACUAAGCUUCAUAAAUAAUUUUGCACGCUCAAAGCCAAAACAAAAAAAAAAUUCAUGCUGUUCCUGGAGAUUUAUUUUCUUAUUGUAAAGGAAACUUGUCAAUAGUCAGUUCUGAAAGAGUUCUAUAUUGCAUACACAAAGGCUUUCCUAGGAGGGCUGAAUCACAAAUCUGAAGCAUUUGUAUAAUAAGAAGGGAAGGGUCUUGGAAUAGGUUGUAAUUUUAAAAGCCAAUAAACCAGACUAGCAAAGA